UCGGCAGAACUACUGCAACAUGCUCAACCACGAUAAUAUGGAGAAGAUGGAUUUGCACCUUGAGUUGGACCCCGCUGGGACCAGGAAGGACACGAUGGUUACUAAGGCGACCAUCGAAUGCUUGACCAUGCACCUCAUGGAGGAGCAUUCGGUGGUGGACCCCACAUUUGUAGAGGACUUCCUACUGACGUACAGGACCUUCCUCAGCAGCCCCAUGAUUCUGGUGGAGAAGCUACUGGACUGGUUUAAUGAUCCCAGCCUCAGGGACAGGGUUACCCGGAUAGUGCUGCUCUGGGUAAACAACCAUUUCAGCGACUUCGAUGGAGACCCUGAGAUGACACAGUUCCUGGAAAAAUUCGAGAACAACCUGGAAAGAGAGGAAAUGAAUGGCCAUUUGAAACUCCUAAAUAUUGCCCGUGCAUCCAAAGCCAGACUGAGGGCAGUGACUCUCAGCAAACCCUCGAGGGACGCCCUGCUGCCCUUCACACUACUGGGUGGCUCGGAGAAGGGUUUUGGCACCUUCAUUGACCACGUUGAGGCCGGCAGCACAGCCUCUGAGGCGGGCCUGAAGUGUGGAGAUCAGGAGCUUCUUGUCCAACGCCUGGAGGAGAAGACAAAUGAGGACAUCCAGGAUGUGGCCAUGGACAAGACCAACGAGACGACUGCGGCGACUCUUCCCAUCACCUACCCAGAUCUUCUGCUGUCCCAUCGCUGUAUUCAGGACUUCCACAACCGACAUGCUUGUCGUGCAGAGCUACCCAAUCAGGUGCUGAGGAUUUUUAAAGCUGAUCAGCAGAGCCGAUACAUCCUGGUCACCCGGGACACGACAGCCAAGGAGGUGGUGACUCAGGCGGUCUGUGAGUUUGCCCUGCCAGGCGGCGCCGAGGCCUACUCCCUUUGUGAGGUGUCCGUUACCCCCGGAGGUGCCAUCAAGCAGAAGCGGCUGCCCGACCAACUACGCAAGCUAGCUGACAGGAUUCAGUUGAACGGAAGAUAUUACUUGAAGAAGAACACAAAGACUAAGAUGUUGUGCUCAGAUGAGGAUGCACAAGAUCUCCUCAGGGAGAGCCAGUUCUCCCUAUUACAGCUCAGCACAGAGGAGGUGGCCACACAGCUAUCCUUGAGAAGCCUUGAACUGUUCCGCAACAUUGAGCCCACGGAAUACAUUGACAGUCUCUUCAAGCUGAAAUCCAAGACGGGAUCUACGAACCUUAAAAGGUUUGAAGAGCUGGUCAACCAGGAGACAUUCUGGGUGGCAUCAGAGAUCGUGCGUGAGGCCAACCAGUUAAGGAGGAUGAAGUUGAUCAAGCACUUCAUCAAGAUUGCACUCCACUGCCGCGAGUGCAAGAACUUCAGCUCAUUGUUCGCCAUCAUCAGCGGGUUGAAUCUGUCUCCUGUGUCCCGACUGCGAGGCACCUGGGAAAAACUUCCAAGCAAGUACUGGAAGCUUCUCCAAGACCUUCAGGACCUCUUUGAUCCCUCAAGAAACAUGGGAAAGUACCGCAGUGCCCUGAAUGCUCCAAACCUCCAGCCUCCCAUCAUCCCCCUUUUCCCAGUCGUCAAAAAGGACCUGACUUUCCUCCAUGAAGGCAACAGUUCAAAAGUGGAGGGCUUGGUGAACUUUGAGAAGCUGAGGAUGAUCUCCAAAGGAAUCAGGCAAAUCGGGAAGAUGGCAGCCACAGACAUGGAUCCUGCCCCCAUGUUGAGCACGAGCCAGGGCAGUGGCAACGUGGCAAUCCUGGACAUGUUGCGGAUGGAAGGCCACAGGAAUCACGUUCGCCGGAGCUCCUUCAUCAGUGCCAAGAGACUUUACAAGGACACUCAGAUGACCCGACGCGUCCGACAGUACUUGUACAACCUGUCAUUGGACACCAAUGAAGACAGCCUGUACACCAUGUCCGUCAACUGUGAACCGUCCACCAAGAAGAAAUAUAGAAUGAUAGAUGAUAGAUACAUAGACAGAUAGAUGAUAGAUUGCUAGAUUAUAGAUACGUAGAUGAUAGAUGCAGAUGGAUAAAUAAUAGAUACAUAGAUAGAAGAUAGAUAAUACAUUGAUAGAUAAAGACAAGAUAUAGAUAGAUAAUAGAUUGAUAAAGACAGAUGAUAGAUAUAUAGUUAGAUAAGAGAGUGACAGAUAG